AUGCCUAUCAUCUCAAUCAACGGAAACGAUCUCAAUCCCGAGAACCAGCGGCCCGUUCUCCAGGCCCUUGGUCUUGAGUCGGAGGACUCCUCCAAAUCCAACUACAUCCUCGUCCAGACCAAAGAACCGCUCGAGGAUGACCAGGAAGACGAGCUCGAGCGCCUGGGCGUUGAUAUUCAAGAGUAUGUUUCGCCAAAUACAUACCUCUGCAACUACAAGCCGGCCGACCUAGCUGCCGUCCGCUCUCUCCCCUUUGUGGGAUGGGCGAAUGUCUAUCUAGACAUGUUCGUUGUUCAGUCAACGAUGAAGUCUGCGUCCAGCACCAACACGGUUGCUGAUUUUACUAAUACUGUGCGAAAAUCAGCCCACCGCCGCAUGGUUGAUAUUGUGCUUCAUCGCGAUGUAGACUCUACUUCGCAGGAGUUGCAUGAAGCCCUUAGCAGGGCUACGCGGGCGGACACUUCAUCUCUGAAUGUUGAACCUACGAAGAUCCGGAUGAUGGUUCAAGACCAGCACUUGGAUGAAAUCGCAGCUAUCGAUGGUGUCCGAAGCAUCCUCGAAGUGCACCCGGCGGUGCUAUUCAACAACAAGGCUACCCCUAUCAUUAGGGGUGAGGUUGAUACCAACUGUGACCACCCUAUUAGCAGUGCAGAGGCCGACAAAGUCGAUGCCUUGCCAUAUGAAGGAGAGGGCCAGAUUGUCGCUGUUUGUGACACCGGCUUCGACAAGGGCAGUACAACGGAUACCCACCCAGCCUUCAAAUGCCGUGUUAAACAUCUAUAUGCCCUAGGACGUACUAACCCGGCGACGGCCGAUGAUCCGGACGGGCACGGCACCCACGUCUGCGGUUCCGUUCUUGGAGACGGGAUUUCGGAGAAGAUGGGCGGGAAGAUCCAAGGCACAGCACCCAAGGCCACUCUAGUCCUGCAAUCCGUGCUGGAUAGCAACAAUGGCUUGGGGGGGAUCCCAGAUGACCUGACCAAGCUGUUCAUUCAACCGUAUAAGGACCAUGGUGCGAGAAUCCACACCAAUUCCUGGGGAAGCGAUGCACCAGGCCGUCAGCUUCCGUACGACGUCAGCUGUGAGGAGAUCGAUCGCUUCGUCUGGGAACACCAGGACAUGGUCAUUCUCUUCGCUGCCGGGAACUCAGGAAUCGACGCGAAUAAAGACGGGAUCAACGACUCGAAUCAGAUCGGCUCCCAGGCCGCAGCAAAGAACUGCAUUACCGUUGGCGCAAGUGAGAAUGAUCGCCCAGACAUUACGACCACAUACGCACCAUGGUUCCCAAACAAGCCAUACAACACUGACCGUGUUGCCGACCACCCCAAUGGCAUGGCGGCAUUCAGCUCCCGAGGCCCUACCAAGGAAGGGCGUAUUAAACCCGACGUUGUCGCACCGGGGACAUCUAUUCUGUCCACUCGUUCAGCAAAGCUGUUAAAGCCCGGCACUACCUUCGGAACGAGCACCGACCCAGACUGGUUUUUCAACGGAGGCACCAGCAUGGCAACCCCGUUGGUAGCGGGAGGCGUGGCCCUCAUCCGCGAAGCACUUGUCAAGAAUGGAAACAAGAACCCAUCCGCCGCCCUGAUCAAGGCAAUGCUCAUCAACGGCGCUGUCGAGUUGCCCGGCCAAUACAUACCAACCGAAGCCGGCCCAUCACCCAACAUUAGCUCUGGCUUUGGCCGUGUGCACCUUAAGAAUUCCAUUUCAUCCCCCUGUGAUGCCACUGCCGGAUACUAUGAGGGCGGACCCCUCCGUCGAGGCCAAUCCGACCGUAAGUUGGUCAUCAGAGUGCCUUGCAAGCCGAACGGCUGCUCGACCUUGAAGGUGACACUGGUCUGGUCUGAUCCUCCUGGCGCAAUGCUGCAGAACGACCUUGAUUUGAUUGUCACUGCUGGCUGCACAAAGCGUCAUGGAAACAUGGGCGAGAAGAAGGGUUUUGAUCGGACGAACAAUGUUGAGCAGGUCGUAUGGACCAAUGUGCCCAGCGGCGAGGUCAGGGUGACAGUUCGUGCCCAUCGCAUCUUCAAAAGACGGUUUGCGCAGUGCUUUGCGGUUGCCUGGAGCCUUGAUCGGCCUCUGAAGUAG